GUCUUGACAUCGACGAGAUCUCAAACAACACCAGAUCUCCCUCAUAAUCGUACAGGCAGCAUCGGCUUGCGUCUGCCUAUCUGCCUAUACCUUCAUAACUCCACACACCGCAUACCCCAGCCUCGCGUGGCCUAUUCAAACUCGGCCACCAUCUCUGGCCGCCGAAAGAUCAUCGCCCCCGUAAACCCUAGCUUCUAAUCAAUCAUCGAUCACCACCAUGCCCCGGUCUUCGUUCGUGAACCUCUCGAUAGGACUGCUACUGCUCCUAGGGGCAAAUGCUGUAAAUGCUCAGAGGUCGUAUUGUGCGGAAGACCCGUUCGCGAACCCAAGCGAAGAUCGAUGUAACCCGCUCCGAUACAUCCCCGUCAUCUGGGGUGCUAUCACCGCGCUCGUCCUCUACUUUAUAGUCGCCAUCCUCUUGACCGUCCAAUUUUUCCGGUAUGGAGGGAAAUACUUCUUGUGCCUCGUCAUCGGGUGCUACUGCUAUGGUAUUGGGCUGUGUAUGAGGAUUCCGUUCAGGUCCGACCCGCAUAACACGACCAUUUACAUCGUACAGUACUUGUUCAUUGUGCUCUCGCCAUGUGCUUUCUUGGCAGGCGACUACAUCCUCCUCGGCCGGAUCGUCUCCCACCUUUCCGGCGACCGACACCUCCGACCCGUCCGCCCUAACAAGGUCACCCUCUUCUUCGUCCUCUCCGACGUGGCGACCUUCCUGAUCCAAGCUGCUGGAGGCGGACUAUCCAUCUCCCAGAAACCCGCGAUGAGGGAUGCGGGGCAAAAGAUCUUCUUGGCCGGGAUUUGUCUCCAGUUGGCGAGUUUCGCGUUCUUUACUUGUCUCUGGGCUUUGUUCGGGAUCCGAGCGUAUAAACGGGACCCGGAGCUUUGGGGGAUGGCUUGGUGGAAACCCCUGUACUGGGCUCUCGGGUUCACUUGUGCCAUGUUUUUGAUCCGAAGCGUCUUCCGCGCGGUCGAGCUUAGUGAAGGCUAUACGGGGUAUCUCGCUACGCACGAGAUUUACAUUUACUUGUUGGAUACCCUGCCUCUCUUCUUGGGAGUGACGACCUACAUCUACUUCUGGCCGGCCAGGUACCUCCGGGCCGACACCAAAGUCAUCAAGGACGAACAGGACAUGUCGUCUGUGGAUCACGCUGCUACACCAAUCCCUGAUCUUACACAAACCGGUGAACGACCGGUCGAGGCCGUACAGGAGGUCAAAAAGUAAAAGCCUUCCUCCAAGGUAGAGUGGAGGAUAAGGUCUCUGCGUGCAUAAAGGUUUCACCCUCCUCGCUUCGACGGCAGGAUCUAGUAGGCAGGAAAAGUGUAUGAUAUAUAGGUUGUGGUGCGUCUUGAGGUUGUUCGUAUAUACCCUUUGGUGCGAUUCGAUAAUCAACACAUAUCAAGGCACUACGAUGGUCGCAUUCAAGCUCAUGCAUCAGGUACUCAUAGGGCUCU